AUGAACUAUUCCAUCAUCUGCUUAUUCAUGAUCAUCUGUAUGAUCCUAAUCUCUUCCGCCAAUGCUGUUGAAGGAGGAUCCCACUUUUACACUCUGCCAGAUGCCGAGAUGGCCGCCAAAGAGCAACAACAGAAGGGAUUCCGCACCAGAGGCUCCAAGAAGAGUGCAGCUGCCAACAAAGACUGGAUGGGAGCACCUAUUAGCCGUCAACAAAGCAAACACAGCAGCAGCAAUUCAUCACUCCGCAAAAACAAGAAAAAGACCUUUGAGGAUGUUGUUGUCUCAACUAAUACUGAUGACAUGAUCAAGGAGUCCAUCCGCAACGACCGAGUCUCUGGUAGCUCAAGCAGCAGUGUCAGAACGUCAUCCUCGAAAUCCCGAGAGACAAGAACGUUUGACUUUUCAUAA